UGGUCGUAAUUGAACUAUUAGGGUAGACCUAACUGAAAAAUUUAAAAUAAAAAAUUGAUAAUUUAAAUUCAAUCACGUGAUCGAUCGAUGUUGUAAGGUAUUGAAGUUUAGAAGCAAUGAGUGGUGGAACGUAGCCUCCCGCUGGCGAAAUAUUGACUGUUUAACAUUCACCUGUUGAUGGAGUUGGUGGCUUUACUACGUCGCACAUUCAAUUGAAAGAAAAUCCAAAGGCAUGGCUUUAAAUUUCUCAUUUACAAAGUCUGAUAUCCGGAAAUGGUCCACCAAGGCCAAGUCUAUUCUUAUAAAUAUUUUUGGUCGUAAUAGAAUAGUCAAUAUUUACCUUACUUCCUUUCUGUCUUUGUAUAUAAAUACCCCCACCCAACCCAACCCUCAUUUCUCAUUCUCAUCUCCAAUCUCAAAUUUCUCAAAUCUAAUCCCUUUCAAACCCCAAUUCAAUCCAUCUUCUCAAAUACAAAAUAUACACUAAGAGUAGGCAGAGAGACACCCUCCAUGGCUUCUUUACAAACCACAGCUAUACUCUCCUCUUCCUUUUCUUCUCUACCCAAAGUCAACGCCUCUCUCCAUGUCCCUCUUCCUCCACGAGUAGUCACUCAUUCGGUUCCAAAGCUACCAAAGAGAAAGCUGCAGAUUGAUGAAUUUAAUGGAUCAUUUGAGAAGAAUGCCGUCACCAAACGAAUUUAUGAAGAUUUGUGCAGCCCUAGCAACAAAUCUAAUAAGACCACUAUUCAACUCUACGCUAUUCUAGAGGAAGUUGCCGACAGAAUAGAAAUGCACAGAAACAUUGGCGAACAAAGAAACAACUGGAACACCCUUCUUCUAAACUCCAUUAAUAUCAUCACUCUCACUGCCACAGCCAUGGCUGGUGUUGCUGCAGCCACCAGCGGUGACACUGCACCUCUUUUUGCCAUGAAACUGUCUUCCACUCUCUUGUUUUCUGCUGCCACUGGGAUGUCACUUAUCAUGAACAAAAUUCAGCCCUCGCAACUGGCUGAGGAGCAACGCAAUGCCACAAGGUUGUUCAAACAGCUUCACACUCAAAUACAAACCACAAUCGCUAUUGGAAAUCCAACAGAAGAAGAUGUGCAGACUUCAAUGGAGAAGCUCUUAGCGCUUGACAAAGCUUACCCUCUUCCCUUGUUGGGAGCCAUGCUUGACAAGUUUCCAGCCAAAUAUGAACCUGCUGUUUGGUGGCCUUCAUCACAGUUCCAAAGAAGAAGUAAAAGAGAAGAAAGCAACAGGAACAGUAUUAAUGGAUGGAGUGAAGAUCUUGAAAUGGAACUGAGGGAAGUGAUUGAAGUGGUAAAGAAGAAGGACUUAGAGGACUAUGAGAGGCUGGGGAACAUAGCGUUGAAGAUAAACAAGAGUUUGGCGAUUGCAGGUCCUUUACUGAGUGGGAUUGCAGCAGUGGGGUCUUCAUUUGUGGGAAAUGGGUCGUGGGUUGCAUUAGUGCCUCUCGUGGCUGGAUCAUUGGCUUCAGCAGUUAAUAGUUUUGAGCAUGGUGGACAAGUUGGCAUGAUCUUUGAAAUGUACAGAAACUGUGGUGGAUUCUUCUCGCUCUUGGAAGAGAGCAUUAAUGCCACACUUGAAGAGAAAAACAUGGACAAAAGAGAAAACGGAGAGGUGUUUGAAAUGAAGGUAGCAAUGAAGUUGGGUAGAACCGUUUCAGAGUUGAGACGACUUGCCUCUAAAUCUGCUUCCUGUCGCAUCCAAGGAAUUGCUGUAGACGAAUUCGCCAGCAAGCUUUUCUAACUGAGACAACAUUUUUUCAACAACAACACAUUCUUUUAUUCUUUAUUAAUUAAUUCAUUGUAUAGUCCUCUGACAUACAUAUAUAACUUUACGCCGGAGAGAAACUGUGGAUAUAUUUGUACCUACUUCCCACAUGUUUUCAUAAUGAUACACGUUUUUUUUAUUGAUUACGUACCUUGCAUUUUAUUUUUG